UCGAAGUCGAUUGAUUGAUCGAGCUUGUGUCUGCCACAUGCCAGUGCUGGCCUGGAUGACUGACAAUUCUGUCGGACGAUACACCCGCCAAUGCAGUACAUGUGCCUUACUUACGAACAAGUUUUUGUCAUUGUAGUGCGACAGUAGUUCCGUCCGUCCUGAAGUUUCAUCGUGUAAAUGUACCGUACAUAUUGGUUUGGUGACCCACUUUUGAACUCUUCUCAAGUGGACAAGUCCAAGCAAGCAGUUAGGAGUAUUGUGCAGAGGAUCAAUCCACCUUCUGCCCGUAACCGGGGCGAUUGUGCUGCAUCAUGGAACCGUUUUUAUUACGUGGAAGACAACCAGAUCAAGGUCUACUCUCCUGACUUCGCCGAGCAGUCUCUACGCGAGCUGCAAGAGUCUACCACACACCGUGAUAUCACUGCGGUGGCAGCAGCCUGGGAUCGUGUAUGCCUUUCCACAACAACAUGCCAGCGACGUGAUGCUGCCGUUCCCACCAUGAGCACUGACCGCAGUGUUGAAACCGGAGAUGGCCCUACACAUGAGCUGGUUGUGCUGGACGGCGUCCAUAGCUCGGAUCGUUUGAAGUGGCGCAUCACAUCUUGCCCGGUGCCGUUCUCGUGCACAUCUGUUAGUUGCAGUGAUGCCAGCAUUAUUACUGUUGCCGGCAAUGGCCAGGCAUGGUGUUCAAGUCGCUCAGGUGCUGCUGCUGACGAUGAUGAUGCUCUGAAUGAAGGCGGUGGCAAAACAAGUGCUGAUGCGUCCUGCGUAUCACUUCUUGCACUAGAGCGCCUGUCAUGGCCUGUUGCUUUGUCAUGUGUGUCGUGUGGCAAGGACCAUGUGUUGCUGUUGGAUAGACUUGGCCGCGUUGCCAGCUAUGGAAUCGGCAGUCGUGGGCAACUGGGACAUGGCGACGUGGCAUCCAUUGACCCGCCAGCUGGACCCCGGCUCGUGGAAGCCUUGGACGGUGUUCGUUGCUUGUUGAUUGCUGCAGGCGGAUGGCACAGCCUAGCCCUUAUGGAGUCUGGAGAUGUCUAUAGCUGGGGCUGGAACGAGAGCGGUCAGCUCGGCAUCGAAAGUGCAACAUGUGACAAUGAAGUUGCUGACGAAGCAACACAGCAUGUUGUUGGCACAAGUGCAGACAGAACAGACCCGGAACAAGCCGAGGCCACACAGCACAGUCGAGGCACUGCUCACAGCGCAGCACAGUUGUUCAGUGCCGAUCCACAGCUGGUUGUCUUCCCCUGUGGAGCAACUUCAGAAGCGGUGGACAAUGAUGAUCCGCCUGAUGUAACUGUCUUGAGCAUAUCGUGUGGGUCACGUCACAGCGCAGCAGUGGCAGAAACUGGUCAGCUCUUUACCUGGGGAUGGGGUGCUCAUGGCCAACUCGGCCACACUUCACGGGAGAACUGCUUGAGUCCGCUGCCAGUGGAGUAUCUCAACCGUGAUGGGGAGAAAGUCGAGUGGGCUAUGUGUGGCGACUGGCACACGAUUGUGCACACGAGUACAUGUAGCAGUGGCACUGGUCAUUGACUUCAUCGCAAUAAGUGUUGCUGGUCAGGAUACAGGGAGAGACGGAGACAGAGAGAGAGAGACAGACAGACAGACAGACAGACAGACAGACAGACAGACAGACAGACAGACAGACAGACAGAGAGAGAGAGAUAGAGAGAGAGACAGAGAGAGACAGAGAGAGAGAGACAGAGACAGGACAGAGAGAGACAGUAUACUCGUCUAAGGCGAGUGUGUUCAUAUCUUGUUCAUACUUGAAGUUGUGCAAGUACAUGUACUUUGAGCUAGUCCAUACUGAUGAUGAGUGUAAUUAAAUUAUUUUAUUUUGGUUGGCCUUGCUCUCUGAUAGGCAGCACACUGUACAUGCGCCGGGACAUGUACUCUACAUUUACUGAAUAAGUUUUUAGUACUGGCGUGUUGGUCACCAUUAUCAUUAUGCUCUGUCUCACUAAUGGGUCUGCAGCUGUGCGGUUGCCGUUUGUCCUCCCUGACUCCUAUCCCGGCUCUGUCCUAUACCACCCCAUAUAUACGCGGUCAAACAGGAAAAGAACUUGUGUUUGUAAGCGCAAACAAGAAUACAUAACCCGCCCUGGUAUGAUUGUACCUUGGCACUUGG